UCAUUGCUUCGAAUUUAAAAAUGGAGAGAAAAAGGAUAAUUCAGUCCUUAUUAUUUUUGCUGCAACUUAAUGUCUUGAUCGCUUUGAAAGAUGAUCCAUGCACAACAGCAAAAAAUCUUCCUAAUUUUGAACUUCGACUGAAGGCGUUUAAAAUUGACCUUGCUAGAGGAGACAGACCAAUUUGUGACAGAUAUUUCAUUAAAGAACCCGGAGAAUGGUUUCGGACAGUUGACGGAAAUGAAAUGGUUAACAACAGAACAACUUUUUUCGAAUGCGGUACACAAUAUAGCAUCUACAUGCAAGGACAUGUUCCAUCAUCCCUGAAUAGGGUUGUAAAUCGUACAGCUUGUGUCAUCCCAAGCUGCACAACAAAAUACAACAUACAGUUGAAAAAAUGCAGCAAUUUUACUGUGUACUAUUUACCAAGACCUUCAUCUUGUGACCAAGCGUACUGUUUUGGUUUUGGAGAAAAUGGUAUAGCCCCAAAUAUAACCACAGACAAACCGACGGUUAAGUAUGAACUUGUGAAAUCUGCAGGGAAAACAGCCGCUGAACUAAGUGAACAGAAACUUGCGUUUAAGUGUCAUUUUACACCUGUUGUCGAUGGCACAAAUAUCAUCUACUAUAAGGUGUUUUGGUAUGUAAAUGAUCAUACCUCGACAAUAUUUGCAAGUCAAGCGGUACCAAAGGAGAGACUACCUGAAACUUAUCUCCGAGGUGAAACUGGACUUGAUUCAAUAAAAUUAAAUAUUGAGAUAUCUUGCAAAGUUCGGCUACACUAUCACCCAAAAGGCCCACCUGGUCCCUCCUCCGAAGCAAGUGAAAAAUUCUUCGCUGGAAUAAAGCCUCUGAAAAGAGCCUACGAAAUCUCAAGGGAUAACAGCACAGUUAUUGAGUUUAAAUUGACCGUACCGUUUGGAUGCAUGUAUGCAAACCAUAAUGAUCCCUACCCACUGCCCUGCAAGCAUACAAUAUCUCUUACCACUCCUGAUUAUCUAAAAUGCAGUCAAGGAAUAUAUGCUGUCGAUAUGUGUGGGAAGCUCAUUGAGAGUCGAAAGUGGAAUGAAACACAAACUAUUUCUAUUAAGCAUAAGAAUGACGACAAUUAUCGAACGAUUCAAACGUUUGAGAUACACACAGAAACGAAAGUGAGGAUCAACGGAGAACCAUUUUGGGAUGGAGUGGAGUUACCAACAGUAUUUAUAAAUGUAAUUGAGGGCACUAACAAAUGGAAGAACAAAAAAUGUGAAGCAGUAAGUGAUCCGCACAUGACAAGUUUUGCUAAUAGACAUUACGAAAGUCAAGAACCUGGAACAUAUACGUUGUACAGAAACAAAGAUCCCGUGGGAAAUAUAAAUGAGAUUCAAAUGAAAGUAACACCUUGUAAUUAUGUAAAAUAUGGAAACUAUGAGCAUAUGAAUCAAUGCACCUGUGGAAUUGCAGCAAGGGCCUCCUCAGACGUAUACGUCAUUGAUAGAUGUCCAGGAACGGUCCCUUUCUACUUCGGAUUUAAAAGCUGCGUGGAAGAUAUUUUGAAUGUAAUGAAGAAGGCCAACGAUGAACACGACUAUGAAAUUCAUUUUCCAUCAGGGACUAGUUUAGACGUAAGGCUGAACUCUAUUUUUGAUAAAACUCAUUUUACAUCUGAAAGAUGGACGUUAGAGUUACAAAUCCAUCCAUCUAUUGCUGAUGAAGGCCGGUCCCAAGGACUAUGUGGCUCAGUCGAAAAAGAUGAACUCAUAGAUCCAAAUAAUGUCGACUUAACUCACGAUGAAUACCUUUUCACACAAUCCUGGAGGGUCGCCGAUGCAGACAAUAUGUUUAAAAUGACCUUGGAAAGACUACAAUCAUUUCCAAAGACACGGAAGGCUCGAGAUCUUUGCAUAUGUGAAAAACCAUCUCUUUCUUCAGGAACUAUAAAAAACACGUUAACUUGUACAAAUGCAAAAGGCCUUAUCAGUUGCGAUAAGGACAAGAUGAAGCCAGUUCAAAAGGAUGUUUGUUACGAAAGACAUAAUCGUCGGAAAAGAUCUGUCAAACAUUCGUUCACAUUUACGCCAAAAAUCGUCAUAGAACCAAAAUUGAAAAGAUCAAAGAGAGCCAUUUCUGCCAAUAUUACCAAUAUGACAAAAGCACAAGCAAAGACCUGGUGUGAAAAUUACAUGAACAGUUCUCCCGCAUUUUUAGCAUGCCAGGACAUUCCAAACACCAAUAGCACAAGAGCUAUAGAAAUAUGUGUAAUGGACAUUUUAACCACAAACUCGACUGUUUUCGCAGCUGCUCCAAGGGAAAGUAUGAAAGCCGGAUGUUUAAAAGAAAUUGCUAGAAACGACACUCUCUUGAACGUGACUAAAAACGGUGAAAAGAUAGCAGAUAAAAUUUUGUCCAUCGCAUGCCCCGGAGAAUGCAGUGGCCAUGGAGUUUGUACAAAAGGAGUAUGUCAAUGUAAUGAUAAUUUUGGUGGUGGGGAUUGUUCUAUUGACAUCAAUGAACCCCCUGAAGUAUAUGCUGUGAACUACGAAACAGGAGGAUUAUGUGAUAAAUUGUUUUGCAAAGAGGCCAUUGUGGAUGGAGACCUUUUCCUUGACAGAUCUGGAUUAACUUGUAAAAUGCAACGAUUUGAGAUGACAAUGAACGGUACAUCAUGGGAUUUAGAAACUUCGCAUGUUCCUGGAAGUCACAAUACACUUAGCGAUAUAAGAUGUAAAUUUCCUCGUUCCAACUCAAAAAGAUCAACUUUAUCUUCCAUUGGUUUUAUAUCUGGGUAUAAGAUAGCAGUGAGCAACAACAAUAAGAACUUCAGUGAAGCCCAUGCUGUAUACAUCCUAGAUUCAACAUGUCAGGACACAUUGAAUGUAUCAGGACAGCUACGAUUUGCAUUAAAGCCUGGGUUCUGUUUCAUCCAUGGUUCAUGUGUCCCUGAUGGUGUUCAAAAGAAAUGUUACGAGUGUGACAUCCGACAAAACAAAUUUGAAUGGACAUAUAGAGAGACAGAAAAAGGCUGUACAAAAGAGGAGAAUUCUCAUUUGUGGGUAAUUGGAGUGGUGCUUGCCGUUUUACUUUUGAUCUUGAUUGGAUUGGUGUUCUUUUAUAUCUUAAAGAAAAAACACAGGGUUGUUCAGGACAGCUACGGGAUGCCAAAUCCGCAUGGACAAGCUUCAAAGUAUUCCAAGUGAAUGAUAUAACAUUUAUAACUGACAAAAAAAGAUAACAUUUAUAUAUGAAUAUGUCUCUUCUGUGGGCUUCAACUCUUUUUCAACAAAUUUAACGAAAUUUUAAUGUAGUUAAUGAUAUACUAAAUUGUUUCAAAACAUGAUUAUCUGUUUAAUCACGCUUGUUUUAAUUAGAGGUUUAGUUUAAAUUAUAAUGUCCAAUACAGAAGAAAUCGAUUCCAGUACAUUUAAUGUCAUACAGAUUUUAUUUCUGAAAUCAAAUGAUUUGUUUUCAUCGUAUUUAUGGAGAAAUUAAAUCUUAAAUUAAAGUGAUCAUUUGUUUUA